AAACCCUACUACUUUCAUUUGCUGGCUUACAAUUGCUACGCCAUAUUCGCGACUUCACCAGAAACCCUAAGAAAUCAGACACCACCUUUGUCCUCGCUGCUCCUCGCUUCCACAUCUCCAGCCGCUCUGCAACUCCUCCGCCAAACAAUCCGCCGCGACGUAACUCGCUGCACGCUUCUCUCCCUCACUGCUCCACUCUGCCACUGUCUCCGCCGCCAACAACUCUGCCAAUAUCUACCAGUGGCCACAUUUUGAAUUUUGAAACUCCAUAAUGGCUAUUGAUACAAUUUUCAAAGAUGAAGCCAGCCAAGAAAAAGGAGAGCGAGCCAGGAUGGCAUCUUUUGUUGGAGCCAUGGCUAUUGCUGACUUGGUUAAGACUACUCUAGGGCCGAAGGGAAUGGAUAAAAUCUUGCAGUCAACAGGAAGAGGGCGUGAAGUUACUGUGACCAAUGAUGGUGCUACGAUCUUGAAGUCCCUCCAUAUUGAUAACCCAGCUGCUAAAGUGCUUGUUGACAUAUCAAAAGUUCAAGAUGAUGAAGUUGGUGAUGGAACAACCUCUGUUGUUGUAUUGGCUGGUGAACUUUUAAGGGAAGCAGAAAAGCUGGUUGCAGCUAAGAUUCAUCCUAUGACAAUAAUAUCAGGUUACCGAAUGGCAGCUGAGUGUGCUCGUAAUGUGUUGUUGCAGAAGGUUGUUGACAACAAAGCAGACGCUGAUAAAUUUAGAUCAGACUUGAUGAACAUUGCAAUGACUACUUUGAGCUCCAAGAUUCUCUCACAAGACAAAGAGCAUUUUGCAAGCUUAGCUGUGGAUGCUGUAAUGAGACUAAAGGGAAGCACUAAUUUAGAAGCUAUUCAGAUUAUAAAGAAGCCUGGUGGAUCACUGAAAGAUUCAUUUUUAGAUGAAGGAUUCAUCCUUGACAAGAAAAUUGGUAUUGGACAACCCAAGCGCAUAGAGAAUGCAAAGAUAUUGGUGGCAAAUACUGCCAUGGACACAGACAAAGUGAAGAUAUAUGGCGCACGUGUUCGUGUAGAUUCCAUGGCUAAAGUUGCUGAAAUUGAAGGAGCUGAGAAGGAGAAGAUGAGAGAAAAGGUGCAGAAGAUAAUAGGUCAUGGUAUCAACUGUUUCGUUAACAGACAAUUGAUUUACAACUUCCCAGAGGAGCUCUUUGCUGAUGCUGGAAUUUUGGCUAUUGAGCAUGCUGAUUUCGAUGGUAUUGAGCGUCUGGCUCUGGUAACUGGUGGUGAGAUUGCAUCAACAUUUGACAACCCCGAGUCUGUUAAGCUUGGGCAAUGUGACCUUAUUGAGGAGAUUAUGAUUGGUGAGGAUAAGCUGAUUCAUUUUUCUGGCGUUGCAAUGGGUCAGGCAUGUACAAUAGUUUUGAGAGGAGCUAGCCACCAUGUUCUCGAUGAGGCUGAGAGGUCAUUGCAUGAUGCCUUGUGUGUGCUGUCUCAGACUGUGAAUGACAGCAGGGUGCUGCUUGGAGGUGGAUGGCCGGAGAUGGUGAUGGCAAAGGAAAUUGAUGAACUGGCCAGGAAAACUCCUGGAAAGAAGUCUCUUGCUAUUGAGGCGUUCUCUCGAGCACUCUUGGCUAUCCCAACAAUCAUUGCUGAUAAUGCUGGUUUGGACAGUGCUGAAUUGAUCUCUCAGCUCCGGGCAGAGCACCAGAGCGAGGGAUGCACUGCAGGAAUUGAUGUUAUCUCUGGUUCCGUUGGAGACAUGGCUGCACGCGGAAUAUGUGAGGCGUUUAAAGUUAAGCAGGCUGUAUUGCUAUCUGCAACCGAAGCAGCUGAGAUGAUACUUAGAGUUGAUGAGAUCAUCAGUUGUGCUCCAAGGAGGAGAGAAGACAGAAUGUGAAAAAUCAUCUGAGGAUCCAACAGAUGCUUGGCAUAAUACAUUACCAAUUUUAUGACAUAUUCUACGGUUUGGUUUGAUUGGAGCUGGUUGUAGGAUAGAGAGAAGUGGGGAUUACGUGGUGUUGUGUGUUGAGCCAUUACCCAAGUGAAACCAUUUACUUCGGGUAUCUGCAAUUAGGUAUCAAACUUGUUGACUUUGUAAUUUUGAGUUCCUUGUCUUUUACUUUAUCCUUGAAAAUUUUAGUCUUCUGUUUAUUUUCCUUUAACUUGUCUCAUUCAUGAUAUCGUAUUAAUCAUUUAUUUUCUGUGCGAAAAAGUUUAGGCUUACUAUUAAUAACA